CAAAAAAUCCCCAAAAAAUCCCCAAAAAAAUCCUAAAAAAACCCCAAAAAAUCCUAAAAAAUCCCAAAAAGUCCCGAAAUUGCCCCAAAUCUCCUCCCCCCGCCCCUCCCCCCAUGUCGCGACAGGUCCCGACAGCGCUGGCGCCGCUGCUGCUGCUGCUGCUGCUCAUCCGUUCCGGGAGCGGCGCCGAGGCGGAGGCGGAGUCAGAAUGGUCCGAGUGCGGCCGCUCGCGCUCCCGGGCCCGCGUGGUGGGCGGGGCUGCGGCGCGCGCGGGGCGGUGGCCGUGGGCGGUCAGCCUGAGGCUGGGGGAGGGGCACCGCUGCGGGGGCUCCCUGGUGAGCCCGGAAUGGGUGCUGACCGCGGCGCACUGCUUCAAGGGGCCCGGGGGUCUCCGGGCUCCUCUGUCCGAGUGGCGAGCGGUGCUGGGCCGGCUGCGGCUGCAGAGUGACCACGAGAUUGACCAUGGGAGUGACCACAGCACUGACCACCUGAGUGACCACUCCACUGACCACUCCAAUGGGGCUGACCCUGACGCUGACCCCGACGCUGACCCUGGCCAGGAAGUGGCCGUGGCCGAGCUCGUUGUCCACGAGCGCUUCCGGGGCGUCCGGGGGGGUCACGACCUGGCCCUGGUGCGGCUCCGGCCUCCGGCCACGCUCGGACCCCGCGUGGGCCCCGUCUGCCUGCCCCUCCCCCACCCUCGCGCCUUCGGCCGCAGCUGCUGGGUCAGCGGGUGGGGACACGUGGCCGAAAAUGUGUCGCUGCCCGCGGGUUCCCCGCUGCAGGAGGCGGAGCUGCCGCUGCUCUCGCCCCUCACCUGUAACUGCCUCCAUUCGCACCUGGGCCGCCGCCACCUGGCCCGGCCCGCCCGGCCCGGGAUGCUCUGCGCGGGGGGGGCCCGGGGCGGCCGCGGCGCCUGCCAGGCGGACUCGGGGGGCGCCGUUACCUGCGGGGGGUUCCCGGGGGGGCGCUGGGUGCAGUUCGGGGUCCUGAGCUUCGCCCUGGGCUGCGCCCGCCCCAACGGCCCCGCCCUGGCCACGGCCCUGGGCGGGGCCCACUCGCGGUGGCUGCAGCGGCGCCUCCCCCCCAGCGCCUUCCUCAGAGAGCCCCCGGGACCCCCCCCGGACCCCGCGGCCGAGGUCGGCAUCUGCUACGGCUGCGGCUCCAUGGGGGGUCCCCCCGUGCCCCUCCCCCCGCCCCCGCGCUGGCCCUGGGGGGUCUCCCUGCGGGGGGGGGGGCGGCGCUGCGGGGGGGCCCUGCUGGGGGGGGGCUGGGUCCUCACCGCCGCCAGCUGCUUCCUGGGCCCCGCCCCCUCAGUAGGCCCCGCCCCCCGCGGUUCCCGCCUCCACCUCCACGGGGCCUUUGCGGGGGCGGGGCCUGAGGGGGCGGGGCCGGACCUGGCGCUGCUGCAGCUCCGCCCCUCGCCCACCUGGGGGCCGCACCUGCGGCCGCUCUGCGCCCCCUACCGGGACCACCUGGCCACGCCCACCCUGCGCCCGGCCACGCCCACCGCCUACCGGGGAACCUGCUGGGCCCUGCUGCCAGACCCCCGGGACCCCGCCCGGCUCCGCCCGGCCCAGGUGAGCCCCGAGCGCUGCCCCCAAAAUCCCGAAAACGACGGAAACGGCCCCAAAAACCCCGAGAGUUUCUGCAUCAACGGCACCCACGGGGGACAGGAGGAAUUCCUGGGCUCCCCCCUGGCCUGCGAGGAGCGGGGGCUGUGGUUCCUGGUGGGCGUGGCCGCCCCCCCGAGUGGGCGGGGCCCCCCCAGGUUCACCUGGGUGCCCCCCCACGAGCGCUGGAUCUCGGGGGUCGCCCGCGAGGUUUUGUUCGCCGAGGCCCCCCCGGACCCCCGGGACGAGGAGAGGGAGGAGCAACAGGGGGACCCCGAGUCCGCCGGGGGGGACCCCGAAACCGGGGGGGACCCCGAAACCGGGGGGGACCCCGAAACCGGGGGGGACCCCGAGUCCGCCGGGGGGGACCCCGAAACCGGGGGGGACCCCGAAACUGGGGGGGACCCCGAAACCGGGGGGGACCCCGACUUUGGGGGGCGGCUGGGGGCACCUAAAUGGGUCUGGGAGCUCCGAAAUGCCCGGAAAUUUGGGGAGCCACGGAAAUUCGGGGACCCCUGA